AUGCAUUACCAGUGGGCUGAAGAUGACUUUGAUCUGCCUGAUGGGGUACUGCGACUGGGCCUCUCUGAGCCAGUUAGCAGUCAAAAGUAUGUCAUGUAUCACGGCACCACCAGGCAGAACGCUCGAUCCAUCCUGGCCUCAGGGUUUAGCCAGUCCGCAGACGGGAUGCUCGGCCGCGGCGUCUACCUCAGCAGAGACCUGAACAAAGCUAGCCGCUACCCCAUCAAUCACCCUGAGUUUGACAGGGUCGUCAUUAAGGUCGUGGUCAACGUGGGGAAAGUGAUCGCCAUCGAUUGUCAACGCCACCCGCUUCAGAAGACCUGGCACAGCCAUGGCUACGACACCGCCUGGGUGCCGCCCAACUGUGGGAUGGUGAAGAGCGGUUUGGAGGAGAAUUGUGUCUGGGAUCCGAAUCGAAUCAAGAUCCUCUGUACCAUCAACCCACGUCCAGUCCAACCUUUCCUUGGGAGUGUGCCAGUUAGUCAUAGUACGUAUGUCAUGUACCACGGCACCAGCAGCCGCAACGCUCGAUCCAUCUUGGCCUCAGGAUUUUGCCAGUCUGCAGACGGGAUGCUCGGCCGCGGCGUCUACCUCAGCAGAGACCUGAACAAAGCUCGCUGCUAUCCCGCUGGUCACCCUGAGUCUGACCAGGUCGUCAUCAGGGUUAAGGUCAACGUGGGGAAAGUGAUCGCCAUCAAUUAUCAAAACCACCCGCUUCAGAAGUCCUGGCAUGAGUACGGCUACGACACCGCCUGGGUGCCGCCUCUGUGUGGAAUGGUGAGUUGCGGUUUGGAGGAGGAUUGUGUCUGGGAUCCCCGUCGAAUCGAGAUCAUCGAUACCAUCAACCCACAACCAGUUGAAGACUCAGGUGGAAUUCUUGCUGUAGGUCUUGCAGUGUUGUCAGGUAUUGCUCUACUCGCGUUGGCUUUCGUAAAGAAUUAAUGAAGACACCGACUGUGUGUGGAAUGGUGGAGAGCAGUUUGGAGAAAGACUGCUUCUGGGAUCCUUUGUCGAAUCAAGAUUAUUCAUAGCAUCAAACCACAGACAGUCCAGGACCCACUUGGAGGUGGAAUUCUCUCACAGUGUUCUCAGAUAUUCUUGGAGAAUGUUAAAUCUAAAUUGCACUCUGUAUUUUUGAAAGCAGAGUGUUAUGAUUAGUAUAUUUUUAUGUGCCAACAGGAAUAUUGUCACGAAUGUUCUGUUUUUCUGUCGGAUUACUCUCAGUGGUUACGUCUUAUUACAGUCUUUUAUUACUUCUUAUUUUAAUCAUAACGUCAUCAUGCGUUUAUCAUUUAUGUAUGUAAGAUGUAGGUCUCCAUCAGAGAGUAAAUACGUCUGUUAUUAGUUGAGGUGGUGAGUCAUUUAUUCUACUUGUAUUCACUUGAUUUAUUAGUUGCCUAUCAUUCAUCUAUGCUCUACCCAUGUGUAUAUUAUUUACCACACUAUUGCUAUUAGAUUAUAAUGACUUGUUGACAUCCUUUUACUUAUCACAUAGUAUUAUGAUUGAAAGAGGUUCACUUGUUUAUCAAGAAUAAAUAAGAUGAGCUUCUUUUUGUGGUUGUGACCGGCUCCGUUCAGGUCGAACUAAGAUGGCUGACAGAGAGCAGCAUUGGUGUAACCGCAAAGCUGAAUCAUGUGCAAAAAACGGAAAUUCAAAAAUUAAGCUGAGGUUCUGAAACCAUAAAAACAAGAAGAGGAGAGUACGCAAAGUUUGUGAAAGGUUCCUGAUGAGAGGAGUAAAACCACAAGAGGGUAGAAAGCAGAAACUGAAACACUGAUAAAGGGAAGAACUUCCCACCGCUGGCGGUUUUUGGUUUCUCUGUUUUAUCCGUUUUCAGACCACAGCGGUGUUUGAGGAUUGUGAGUUUUCAAUCUCUUGCCUGAACAGUGAGGAACAGACAACAGUAAAUAUUGGAUGAGUCACAAAUCAGUGAACAACUGAGGUUUAUUAGAUUUAAAUUUAGCAGAUAGAUAGAGGGACUGAAUUUAAACAAAAAUCUAACACAAUUCAUUUAGAAAACAAGCCGAUCUUGGUUUCAAUCUUUUAUUUUUAUUUUUUUCUAUUUUUUGUAAACCAAGACUUAUAAUUGAGACAAUAAAAACUACUUUAAA